AUGUCUAGAUCGCAAGACCCUAAACACUCUAGGAAGGAUUUUGUUCCUGUUUCUUCAGAUGGUUGUGUCUACUUGAACAAAAAUGGUUCGGUCAAAUAUGAAGAUAUGUUUGUUGUAACUGAAGGGCUUCUGCGAAAUCAUAAGGGAACUUGGAUUGUUAGCUUCACAAGGUUGCAAAUUGCCCUUGAUCAUGGCUUUCGAAAAGUUCUCAUCUGGACGGAUAAUCUUGAAGCGGUUAACCUCAUUCAUGAAGGAUUUCGUGAAGGUUCUAAUUCUGCUUUAGUUAUGAGAAUUAUUUUGCUGUUGAAGCUUCUGAGUCAUUGGAAUCUUCAACAUAUUCUAAGAGAAGAGAAUAGAAUUGCAGAGAAGAGACAGGGAACCAGGGUUGCGGUUAGUUGA